GGGGCUACACCCCGAGCGGAGCCUGAAGGUUUGUGCCUGGAGCGGUGCCUGAUAGCGUCUCCUGGGGCGUUGCCUGGGGGGUCGUCGCCUGAGGGGCUGUGCCCGGGGCGGUGCCUGGAGGUAUAAAAAAUAUCCAUUAAGUAGUGGCUACAGUUCCACGCUGGUUUGGCUGCCAUGCAUCGUAAGAAAACUGUUAGAAAAGGGUCCUCCCCUACCACGAAGAUUAACCAGCAACCUCCGAGGCUUCUUGUUGUGCAUGUUGCUCUACCUUCCUGGGCUGAAAUCUGCUCCAAUCUCUGUGAGGCUUUGCAGAAUUUUUUCUCGAUAGCCUGCAGUUUGAUGGGUCCCAGCCGCAUGUCUCUGUUCAGUUUAUAUAUAGUACAAAAUCAACAUGAGUGCAUCCUCCCUUUUGUGCAAGUGAAAGGGAACUUGGUUAGGCUGCAGGCCUGCAUCUCUGAGCUCCGUAUGUUACAAAGAGAAGGUUGUUACAGACCUCAGCACACUUGUCUGUCCCUGGCAGUCAAGGAUGGGCUCCAGCAGUUCAAGCAGUACAGCAGACAUAUGUCCACAAGUGUUGCUCUUCCUUGCACGUCUCUGGAGAUUACUGUCCUGACUUCCCAGCCUGGGAAAGAAGUGAUCAAACAAUUGGAAGAAGGGUUGAAAGAUAUAGACCUACUCAGGGUCAGGAGGCUGCAGGUUAUUGAGAUCAUAAAAGGUAACCUAGAGCAUACAGACUCAUCUCCCAUUGAAGAGCCCAGCAUUGAUGAGAGUUCUAUCCUGGGAACUGACAUUGACCUUCAGACUGUAGACAACAGUGUUAUCAGCAUGGAGAUUUUCUUCAAAGCCUGGCUACAUAACAGUGAAACAGACCAAGAAUACAUCCAUCUUCUUCUUCCUCCACAGAGCUUUCUUCCGUCCUCUAGAGCUAAGGAUAAUUCAAUGUGCCUGAAAUGUGAUCUCCAAGAGCGAUUUCUGAGCCCAUCCCUGCUUCCUGGUACAGCUGAUGGCACAUCGAGAAUAGAUGACCCCAAAGGAGACAUCAGCACACUUUACCAGAUGGCUUCCCAGUCAUCAGCCUCACGUUACAAGCUCCAAGUGAUCAAGGCUCUAAACUCUAGUGGGCUCUGUGAGUCAUUGACGUAUGGACUCCCCUUCAUCCUCAGACCUACAAGCUGUUGGCAGCUGGACUGGGAUGAGCUGGAGACAAAUCAGCAACAUUUUCAUGCUCUAUGUCAUAGCCUGCUGAAAAGAGAAUGGCUGCUGUUGGCCAAAGGGGAACCCCUGAGCCCUGGACACAACCAGAAUGUCCUGUCUAGUACCUUCUAUGUGAUCACACCUUCUCGCUCCCUCACACUACUGGUGAAAGCCGUGGCCACAAGGGAACUCAUGCUGCCCAGCCUCUUCCCCCUGCUAUCUGAGGACCCACCUGAAGACAGCCUGAAGAUGGUGGAGAGUACAUUGGACAGCCUGGAGCUGGAGUCCACCUACAACCCCUUGCAAGUUGAGAGCCACCUGUACUCAUACCUGAGCAACUCCUUUACCAAGCCUCAGGGAAGGCUCUGCACAAGCUGGGAGAGUGGGAAACCUAGAAAGGCUGGCCAGUUGCUGACCAACCGAGUUCAAGCCACAGUGGUUCCCCUGACAGUGGCUCCAGUUGCAGGCAGAGCCAAGAUGCCAGCAUCCAGAAAAGCUUUCUCAGAAGACUUACUGCCUUCUGAUUCAGAAGAAGAAUAUCCCUCUUAGUCCUGAAUCCCCAGACCAGAGCACAAUUUUCCUGCCUCACCACACCCAGUUGCUACCGCUCACAUGAUGGCUACCUGAGGUCGGAUCUGCCUGCUAUCAACAUGAGCCUGUGAAUGCAGGCUAUAAAGAGCCUUCCCCUCCUGUCCCCAGUGCUGCCACAGCCCCAC